GAUACAGCAGAAGAUGGCGGACACCAGUGUGGAGCUGACCGGAGUGCUGGAUCUGCAGAAUCAUGUGCGCACCGGCGUGUCCUCAUCCCCAUCCCGCCGCGGCGCCACCGUCAGCUUCCACAACAUCAACUACAGCGUCAAGAUGAAGAGCGGUUUCUGCAGGAGCAAGAGCACCAAAAAAAACAUCCUCAUCGGACUCAAUGGCAUCAUGAAGCCGGGACUGAACGCCAUAUUAGGAGCCACAGGAAGCGGGAAAUCAUCGUUUCUGGAUGUUCUGGCGGCUCGUAAAGAUCCCGCUGGUCUGUCAGGAGAGGUGCUGAUAGACGGAGCACCACAGCCUCCCAACUUCAAGUGUCUGUCUGGAUAUGUAGUGCAGGAUGAUGUGGUGAUGGGGACGCUGACCGUGCGUGAGAAUCUGCGUUUCUCUGCUGCUUUACGGCUCCCGAAAUCCAUCAAGCAGCGAGAAAAAGACGAGAAGGUGGAGAGACUGAUCCAGGAGCUGGGCCUGAGCAAAGUGGCAGACUCACGGGUGGGAACGCAGCUGAUUCGUGGAGUUUCAGGUGGCGAGCGGAAAAGGACGAACAUCGGUAUGGAGCUGAUUAUCGAUCCGCCGGUGCUGUUUCUGGACGAACCCACCACCGGUCUGGACGCUAGCACUGCUAACUCUGUGCUAAUGCUGCUGAAGAGAAUGGGUAACAGUGGACGCACCAUCAUCCUCUCCAUCCACCAGCCCAGAUACUCCAUCUAUCGGCUCUUCGACAGCCUGACGCUGCUGGUGGGAGGAAGACUGGUGUAUCAUGGGCCGGCGCAGGACGCACUCUCAUACUUCAGCCAGAUCGGAUACACCUGUGAGCCUCAUAAUAACCCUGCUGAUUUCUUCCUGGAUGUGAUCAAUGGAGACUCCAGUGCUGUGGCGCUCAACAAGCUCUAUGAAGAGGUAGUAGACCAGGAUAGGCUGAGCUUGUCUCUGAAGGGUAUCGAGGACCGUCUGGUGGAGGAGUAUCAGCGCAGCUCCAUCUUCCAGCAGACACACGCUGAUCUGCAGCGCAUCGUUCAGGGUCAGGAUUACAGCACACGGCCCAAAUCCAGAACCAUCACCUACAGCACCUCCUUCUGCCAUCAGUUCCACUGGGUACUCAAGAGGACCUUCAGGAACCUGAUGCUCAACCCGCAGACCUCCUUCGCUCAGAUUGGUGUGAUGAUCUUUCUGGCUCUGGUGGUUGGAGCCAUAUUCUUUGGAGUGGAAGGGAAUUCAAGCGGAAUUCAGAACAGGAUGGGCGCUCUGUUCUUCAUCACCACUAAUCAGUGCUUCAGCUCUGUUUCAGCAGCUGAACUCUUCAUCGCAGAGAGGAAACUGUUUGUACAUGAGUACAUCAGCGGAUACUACAGAGUGUCUGUCUACUUCCUGUCCAAGAUCCUGUCCGACAUCCUGACGCUGCGCACCAUUCCAGCGGUCAUCUUCAGCUGCGUGGCUUACUUUAUGAUCGGACUGAAGGCGACGGCCGAGGCUUUCUUCAUCUUCCUGUUCUCCAUCAUCAUGGUGUCGUAUACAGCUACUGCCAUGACUCUGGCCAUCUCUGCUGAUCAGACGGUCGUAGCAAUCGCUAACAUCUUCAUGACCAUCAGCUUUGUCUUCAUGAUGAUCUUCUCUGGUCUGCUGGUGAAUCUACCCAGUGUUGCUACCUGGUUAAACUGGUUGAAGUACUUCAGUAUUCCACGAUACGGCCUCUCUGCUCUGCAGAUUAACGAGUUUACAGGUCUCUCCUUCUGUGACGUCAGGAACAACAGCGCCCCCGUGUGUUCGUCCGGCGAGGCGUUUCUCCAAGAGCAGGGCAUCGACGACUCAGCCUGGGGUUUAUGGCAGAAUCAUCUGGCUCUGGGAAUCAUGACCUUCAUCUUCCUCUGCAUCGCAUACCUCAAACUCCGCUUCAUCAAGAAGUUUACAUGAACAUGCACCGCUUCAGUUUAUACAUUCAAUACACAAAAGCCUAAUCCAGCACUCAGAUCACUAACACUGUUCACAAAGAUAUAUUUAGUUCAUAUCAAAUCAGUUCUUCUGUAAUUUUAAGUGUUUAAGUGUC